AUGCAAAAGUCUAAGAACAAAGCCAUGCAAGACUCGAAGACGUUAGCAGAGCUAAUUCUCCACUGCCAGGAGUUGUUGGACGAAGGAACGACGUCCGCACUCUAUAAAGCAGCGGAUGUAGCUCAAGCCUGCUUGGAUCUGGACAAAACGUCUCUUCAAGGAUUUCUGCUGCUCGCUCGAGCACUCUCUCGACUGGGUAGACACAAGGAUGCUGUGGCCCGGUACAAGAGCGAACUUGCACUACAUCCUGAGGAUGAGGAGCUUCAGACGGGGCUAAAAGAAGCUCGAGUGGCCGUUUUAAACGAUUUGCUAAACCAAAGUGAAGAGGAGAGUGAUGGCGAAGCUCUAGUAAGCAAGGAAGUUCUAGGUCACGUGGAAGCAGAUUAUGGAGAUAAAUCGAGUGCGACCGAGAGCUGCUCAGCACAGAUUCGCCAACGAGCACAGGCCUCCCGAGAAUUGGCAAGCAGUAGAGAGAGAGCGGUACAAGGUGGCCGAGAGACACAGACCACCGUGUUUCUAUCGAAGAUGGAACGCGUCCUGGCACAUCUGGAUAUCCUGAAGCUGGCGAGACUUGCGGCUGUGUAUGUUUUCUCAGAGCUGUUAAAUCUGCGACGUGUGGCUAUUGGUCUGGGGCUUUUCUUCCUUGCGUUACUUGCACAAGCAAUUGUACAUCGACAGAAGAUCAUGGUAAUAUCCAUGCUGGUGAUAUGUCUUUACCGCACGCAGCUUAAGAAGCGAGCCGUACAAUUUGCAUAUAAUUGGGUGGAGUCUUCAACCGACAAGUUGGGUGCUUUCGCAUGGGCUCCGCGGUUUAUCUUUGUGAUCCCAGUCUUCUUGAAGGUAUUUGGGCAGCUGAAAUUUAUGCUUUUCUUGCAACAAGAUAUGCGCUUGGCAGGCAUGGUACUCGCAGUUACAGCAGGACUCGUGACCAAUUCACUCCGCACUGACGCUGGACACCAAGCUAAGCUGUGGGGUGAAGGAAGACGACUCAAGUUUGCUGCGUAUUCCCUGACGAUCGUGUAUUGGGUCAUGUGGCGUGGUCAAUGGGCCGAUGCGAUGCGACUGCUUGGGCCUGCAUUCAUUGAUGCCGGUGGAAUUGUGCUGGGCUCAGUCACGUCAUCCGAGCUGCAGGAAGUAUGUCGGCGCGCGUUGAAUACGCUUUUUAGCGACAUAGCGAGCGACAUUCAUACGGAUGUUGACUUGGAUGCGUGGUUCUUUUUGGGACUGGGAAACUGGAUCGUAGAAUAUUGGCAGCAACCCACCGAUUUUUCGUUGGAGAUGCUGUCUAGGAUGCUGACUGAUUGUCUCGACUCUAUGGAAAAAGCAGCGGUGCAUGUGUUUACCCCUGAACUACGUCGUUUGCGGAAUCAGCUCCGGAACGUGGAAAUUGCUGGCGAGCUUCAGUUGCUGGUCGCUUAUUUAAAGCAAAGCCUGAAUGCCGUUCCACCUCCAAGGUCGUUUGGCAUGGCAGUGUUGUUUGUUAAAAGAUGUCCAUCAUUCGUAGUGUUCAGCCUCCUUGCCGUAAUCUUUGGUGUCGUAUCACUGCCGCUGGUACCGUUUGUUGUGUCCGAGUUCCAGGACGCCAAGAGUCUGUAUGAUCGCUAUCGCACCGGAAGACUACAAGAAAAAGACGGAUUGGAGCUGAUGUUGCUAGAUUCGCCACUUGUUCACGUCUGGAAAAAUAUCAAGGGUUGUAUCUACUGCUUGGACGGGAGUGUUACGUUUUCCAAGGCGGUUGAAACUGGAGCACAUCUUGUGUCGGCAGCUACACGGAUCAGUCGUAUGGCAGCAUUUGUAUCUCGUGUGAAGAAAGGAGGUGUCUUUGCAAACGCUCGCGAUAUUCCAGAUCACAUCGCGAAUGCGUUUCUUGUCUCGAAGGAUUCGAGUUUGAUAAUCGAAGGCGUCCGCUACAUUCGUGAUAGCGCUCAGCUACAAGACGUACAUGCUUUGAUAAUGAGAUGGUGGUCAGCGGGACCUGGGAAGGAAACGAGACGAGAUGUUUGCUAG